CUUGCAGGGAAAGUGGAGCUCCACGGGAAGCAGCUGGAAAUCGAACACUCGGUGCCCAAAAAGCAAAGGAGCCGGAAAAUCCAGAUCCGGAACAUCCCGCCCCAGCUGCGAUGGGAGGUUUUGGAUGGGCUGCUGGCCCAGUACGGCACCGUGGAGAACUGUGAGCAAGUGAACACGGACAGCGACACCGCCGUGGUGAACGUCACCUACGCCAGCCGCGAGCAGACCCGCCAGGAUCGACAUUCCUUCCUUCAUUUGGGAUUUGGGGCAGGCUGGGAUCUCUGGGUCUCCCCCAAACCCCGCUGUGUUUUUAGGAUCGACGUGCACCGCAAGGAGAACGCGGGCGCGGCAGAAAAAGCCAUCAGCAUCCACUCCACGGCUGAGGGCUGCUCGGCCGCCUGCAGGAUGAUCCUGGACAUCAUGAACAAGGAGGCCAAGGACACCAAGACUUCCCAUAAUCCCUCCUUUUGGCCCUGCCCGUGCCGCUGUCCCCAUUCCCUGAGGUCUGUCCCCUGUCCCUGUCCCUGUCCCAGGCUGCAGGAGCUGACCCUGUACAACCCCGAGCGCACCAUCACGGUGAAGGGCUCGGCCGAGAGCUGCUGCCGCGCCGAGCAGGAGAUCAUGCGCCGCGUGCGCGAGGCCUACGAGAACGACGUGGCGGCCAUGAGCCUGCAGUCCCACCUGAUCCCAGGUCUCAACCUGGCCGCUGUCGGGCCCCUCUGGGAGUUGGCCCCAGACAGUGGCCCCGCCCCUCCCGGUGACCCCGGUGCCCCGUUCCCGCAGCCCCCCGAGCAGGAGACGGUGCACGUGUUCGUCCCGGCGCAGGCCGUGGGCGCGCUCAUCGGCAGGAAGGGGCAGCACAUCAAGCAGCUCUCGCGCUUCGCCAGCGCCUCCAUCAAGGUGGGCACGGCCGGGGGCGCGGGCACCGCCGGCGCCGUCGUCACCCUGGCACCCUGGCACCCCCGUCUCCCUGCUCAGGGCAGGAUUUACGGGAAGCUGAAGGAGGAGAAUUUCUUCGGGCCCAAGGAGGAGGUGAAGCUGGAGACGCACAUCCGAGUGCCGGCCUCGGCCGCCGGGCGCGUCAUCGGCAAGGGCGGCAAGACCGUGAACGAGCUGCAGAACCUGACGGCCGCCGAGGUCGUGGUGCCGCGGGAGCAAACGCCCGACGAGAACGAGCAGGUGAUCGUCAAAAUCAUCGGGCACUUCUACGCCAGCCAGAUGGCGCAGCGCAAGAUCCGCGACAUCCUGGCGCAGGUGAAGCAGCAGCAGCAGAAGGGGCAGAGCCAAUCCCGGAGGAAAUAGGGACCCCCCGGAUCCCAAAUCCCGGGAGACGGAGCGCACGGCGCGGCCAGAGCGGCGGGGAGAGCCCGGGAACAGCAACCGCCGGGAAGGGACUGGGAUCGGGAAUGCCGGGAUCGGAGACGGGAAUGGACUGGGAAUGGACUGGGAAUGGAGACUGGGAAUGGAUUGGGAUCGGGAAUGGCAG